GUUGAACGACGCAGAAGAGAAACCUUAAAUAGAUGGAUAUUUCAGAUUGCCAAAAUUUUACCUGACUGUCCAACUGACAAAAAAAAUUUUAAUAAAGGAGCCAUUUUAUCAAAAACAUUUGAUUAUAUCACAAAACUCCAAGCGGAAAAUAGAGAGCUCAAAAAAUGUUUGAGAGAAUGCAAUGAAAGUCAA